GAUUGUACGUGAACCGAAGCGUACUUGAAAACAACUUCACACCAAACUACAUUUCGAAACUCUAACAAGUGUUUUGAAAACAGUUUUUAGUUUGCCUGUGUCUUAUUUUGUUGUUGCACGUCCAGUUAAGCUGUGUUGAAAUUUACAAGAACAAAAUUAUAUAUAAUUUUCGAUCAAGAAACCGGAUUGAUAACUAAAUUAAGCUUGCAGUACUUUAGUCAAAUUAUUUCUAAUAGUGAAACAAGUGGAAAAUAAAUUUUGGACAAAAAUCUACAAAAUACAUGAUACAUCAAAUUAAAAAAAAGAAUAAUUCAACUGCAGUACUUAGGAUGAUCGUGAAUAUUGAAGUUGAUUGUGCUCGUGUGACAAGACGUACAUGUUAAGUAAAUUUUACAUGCGUGUUAGCCAGCGAUUUUUUCUAUGAAAACAAAACAAAACAAAGAAACAAAAAUAUUCUUCCAUACAAAAUACAAAUAGUUGAAAUCAAUGAAAAGAAAUUAAUGUGUGUGAUUAACAGUGCGGAACGCGUCCAAUAAAAUCAGACAACAAAAGAAAAUAAACAGAAGAACAUCACAAUGUCGAAACACGAUAAAACGAAAACUAGUAGCGGACUGCUCGAUAUGUGGUUCGGGCGACCGAAAACUAAAGGAAAAAGUUACACAGCGAAUGGUGGGCGUCCAAUAUCCGCAGAUUCCGAAUCUUUGGCUGACCCACAAGACUUGCACAAUGAAAUAAUGAGACUAACGCACGAGGAGGUCGAUGAGAAAUUCGUCGAUAUUCUCGAAGAUAUGAACAUUCCGAAGGACAAACGUCAACCGCUUUUAGAAAAGUCGCUCGACGAAAAACGUGAUAUGAUUCUAAUGCAUUUCAAAGGCAAAUCAUCACUGGAACAUCGAGGUAAUUCACGGUUUGAAAAACCACAAGACUACAUCGACUAUAUGCGUGAUAAAGACCAUAGUCCUACCAAAAUUCAUGCCUGUUUGGAGAGUCUGCGUGUGGCACUGACGAGUAAUCCGUUGAGUUGGAUGAAGGAAUUUGGUGAGGACGGAAUAAAUGAGAUUGUAAUACAAUUGCAGAACAGUAAACAGAAUCGAUAUCAUGACAAAAUUGAGUACGAGUGCAUUAGAUGCCUUAAGGCAAUAGUAAACAAUACAUGGGGAUUGAAUUUGAUAUUGAAGCCAGAGUCUCAUGCAGCCAUAUUUUUAUUGGCAAAAUGUAUCGAUCCCAAGAAACCCCAAACAAUGUGCGAAGCAGUUCGUUUGCUUGCCGGUUUUUGCUUGAUUUCGGAACGUAAUGGAUACGAAAAAGUAUUACGAGCCAUUUCAAUGGCACACGAUGGAGCAUUUAAAAAUGGUACGCGGUUCAAGUCAAUUGUCGAUGGACUUUUUGCCGAGUACGAAAACUCCGAUCCCAAACGUGAGCUGUGCUGUCACACGCUUAUUUUCAUCAAUACGCUUACAAACACACCAAGUGACCUGAACUUUCGUCUGCAUCUAAGAUGUGAAAUAAUGAGAAUGGGAUUAUAUGAGCGACUUGAUUUGCUAACCGAAAUUGUGAACACCAGCAACAAUGAAAAUUUGACGAAACAUUUCAAGAUAUUCAAUGAGAUAAGAGAAGAUGAUUUCGAAGAAUUUAGCCAGCGUUUUGACAACGUACGUCUAGAAAUGGAUGAUAUGAACGAUUGUUUUGAAGUUCUUAAAAAUUUGGUUGUUGAAACCAGUGCGGAGCCAUUUUUCAUUUCAAUUUUGCAGCAUUUGCUAUACAUAAGAGAUGAUCAUCUAUUUCGUCCGGCCUAUUUUCAAUUGAUCGAAGAGUGUGUUUCGCAAAUUGUUCUGCACAAGGCUGGAUGUGAUCCAAAUUUUGAGAGUCGCGAUUUUCACAUUGAUACAUCAAUGUUGUUGGACGAGCUUGUGGAAAGAUCACGAGCAAAAGAGACAAUGAAAAUCGAAGAGUACGAUAAAAAGUUGGAGAUGCUGGAAACCGCACGGCAAGAAGCAGAAGCCCGGGCACAACACCUCGAAGAAAAGAUACGAGAGUACGAAGCCACCGGAGUCAUGCCUGGGAAAACAUCCAAAUUGCCAAAAGUCAAUAUACCACCUCCGCCACCGAUGCCUGGAAUGAAAUCGAUGCCCGGAGCCGCGGUUCCUCCACCACCACCGCCGAUGCCAGGAGGCCCGACUCCACCGCCACCACCACCGAUGCCGGGUAUGGGUCCUAUGAGACCACCAACUGGAAAUGCUCCUCCUCCGCCGCCAAUGCCUGGAACUGGACCACCGCCGCCACCAAUGUUCCAGAUGCCAAAUGCUCCUAUGCCCCAAGCAAAUACACUGCCGCACUAUUUAAAACCCAAAAAGAAAUUCGACGCAGAUGGACCAAUGAAGCGAGCCAACUGGAAAGCAAUUAUACCGCAAAAACUUUCGGAGAAAGCGUUUUGGGUGAAGUGCCAAGAGGAAAAGUUAGCGUCAGAAGAUAUAUUCGCUGGUUUGGCAGCCAAAUUCUCAUCAAAACCUAUAAAGAAGUCCGACAAAGAUUCAGUCGAUAAGCCGGCGAAUACAAAGAAGAACGUGGUCGAUUUGCGUGUACUCGAUGGAAAAUCAGCCCAAAACAUUCUAAUUUUAUUGGGCGGGUCUCUGAAGCAUUUGAGCCACGACCAUAUCAAACAAUGUAUUCUACGUUGUGAUACAUCAGUACUAAACUCGAACAUAAUUCAACAACUCAUUCAGUAUUUGCCGCCACCAGAUCAAUUGAAACGAUUACAAGAAAUAAAAAAUACUGGCGACGAAUUGUCUGGCGCCGAAAAGUUCGCAGCCACACUCGGUGAGAUCAAAAGACUUGUGCCUCGUUUGCAUAGCAUCAAUUUUAAGUUAUGUGUUGGCGAUAUGGUACAAGAUGUUAAACCUGAUAUUGUCGCAGGGACCGCGGCUUGCGAAGAGGUCAAAACCAGCAAAAAAUUUGCGAAGAUUCUAGAACUUAUUUUAUUGUUCGGCAACUAUAUGAAUUCCGGAUCGAAAAAUGGUCAAGCGUUCGGUUUUGAAAUUUCCUUCCUCACCAAAUUGACAAACACAAAAGACUUAGACAACAAGCAGACACUACUACACUAUAUGGUCGAUACGAUCGAAAGUAAGUUCCCUGAGCUACUCAAUUUUGGCGAGGAAUUAUCACAUGUAGAACGAGCGGCACGCGUUAGUUUGGAGAAUAUUCAGAAAACAUUGAAUCAAAUGACUACCUCAUUGAAAAACUUGAAGUCCGAUUUGGAAAACAGUAAAGUACCUCAGUCGCCCGAUGAUAAGUUCAUUGAAGUGAUGGGUGACUUCGCAUCAUCUUGCAAUGAUCAAGUAAAAGUGUUAAUAAAAAUGAAAGAUAAAAUGGAGAGUUACUACAAGGAUGUAGGCGAAUACUUCGCAUUCGAUACAAAUAAAUAUCCCAUGGAAGAAUUUUUCUCCGAUAUAAAAACAUUUAAGGAGUUAUUCACACAAGCAUAUAGAGACAAUGUAAAGGUCCGUGAAGAAGAAGAAAAAACACGAAGAAUCCGUGAGGCUCGCGAACAAGCCCAACGUCAUUUACAGGAUCGUCAGCAAAGGAAACUUGCGCUCGUCGAUAUGGAUGCUGUACAAACACAGGAAGGUGUCAUGGACAGUUUACUAGAUGCUCUGCAAAAUGGUUCGGCUUUUGGAAACAGGGAUCGUAGAAAACGUGGACAACGGCCUGCAGGAGCUGAGCGGCGCGCACAGUUGAGCCGAAAUCGAUCAAGAACUAGAGUUAUUCCAAAUAACUUUGUAACUGCAUCAUAAAUCGCAACUGCAUUAUAUAUAUAUUUAUAAGUAUUCGUUCAGAAAAUUGUCUUUAUCUUUUGUAUAAUUGUCAAUAGCUCCUUUUUUGUAUUGAUUCAAUGUGCUGUAUUUCUAAAAAAUGCCCAAUGCUCAUACAAAUGUACAUACAUAUGACACACUUGCAAAUAAACAUGUAUUGUCAUUUUAAAAAAAGUCA